AUGCGAUCCUUGUCUUUGCUUUUCGCUGCAGCGCUGACAGUGGCCACGGUCACUAGCUAUGAAUCAGAUGGCAAGAUAAUGAAACCUGCGAAUUUACACACUAUCUCUCCUCGACAACAGAAGGAAGCUUUUGAUGCCACCGAAGUGCCUCGGGCGGCUCUUCCCUGGGGCAAGGUCAACUUCAUUCACACAACGGAUACUCAUGGUUGGCUAGACGGACAUGCGAACGUACCCAGCUGGGGGGGCGACUGGGGUGAUUUUGUCUCCUUUGUCAAACACAUGCAAGAUAAGGCAUUUCAGAAGAAGGUAGAUCUGCUUCUCGUUGACAGUGGGGAUUUUCAUGAUGGUGGUGGCCUCAGCGACAGCACGAACCCCAAGGGGUCCGUCUCGGAUAGCAUCUUCGAGAACAUCGACUACGACCUCGUGACUGUAGGCAACCACGGGGUUCGGACAGGAGAAGAAGCGCUGAACAUCCACCGCAACAUGUCGAGAGUCUUCGGUGAUCGGUUCCUCACCAGCAACGUCGACGUGAAAGUGGAUGGUACACUCGAGCCUAUAGGCAAUCGAUAUCGCGCUUUCCAGACCAAAAAUGGGCUCCGGAUUGUGGCCUUUGGAGUCACAACGAAUGACCCUCUACGUGAUUUAGCCAAUACGGAGGUUUACAGUGCGGAUCAUAUGUUCAGUGAGAUGUGGUUUGAGAAAGCCAUGAAGGAGCAGGCUGACCUCUACGUGAUCGUCGGUCAUGCUCCAACCUACUCUUCUUGCCUUGAUCCUAAAAUGGAUAACCCCCUGGUGUGUCUGCGCGAUAGAAUCAGGAAUUCAACCGAUAAGCCUAUCCAGGUCUUCGGUGGCCACGCACACCAUCGCAACUUCACAUGUUAUGAUGACAAGUCCUCAGGCAUUGAAUCCGGGAAGUAUGGUGACACAGUUGGUUGGGUGGCCUUGAACGAAGUGCCCUCUCCAGUGUGGACUGGUGCAAAAGCACUGCCGGCUGAACACAGCCCAAACAAGACCUGUUUUAGCAAACAGACAAAUUCGCAGGACGCUUACCGCCUGGAUCGCCGGUACCUCGACUGGAACCGGCUGACCUUUGCAUACCAUACAGUGGGCCUCGAAGACAAUAACUCGUCCGUGCCGUCUACCUUUGAUACACCACUAGGCCGCAAAGUCACCGACGAUAUCAGCAAGUCCCGGCACUUGCUCAACCUGACCUACUACCUGGGCUGCGCAAAGAAAGACUACUGCUUCAAUUGCAAAAAAGUGGGGCAAGACGGCAACAUCUAUGAGGUCUUAAAAGACGCCCUUGCGGAUGCAGUGGUGCAGAAAGAGCGGGCAAACAUACCGCGAGUUGUGAUGUCCAACGAUGGUACAAUCCGGGAUAAUAUCUACCAGGGUCCUUUUACACUAGGCGACGCCUAUGCUAUCGUGCCCUUCCCCAACACGUUCAAGUAUAUUGCCAAUAUGUCAUGCGCCCAUUUUAAGAACAUGACGUCGAAUCUGCAAAUAAAGCCUGCCUUCUCCUGCAUGGAUGACGACAAUGAUGCCAUCGUCGAUGAGCCUCCAGCAUCCCAUAUGGAGCUCCGAAGCCUACCGGAUGACCAUCACCAGGCCACGCUCUCCAUGACAAAAUACAGUCCAGGCUACACGACCCACGACGGCCUGGGUGAGGAUGGAGACGACACGCUACACUCGCCGAUCAACGAAGAUGAAAUGUACAUGAAACUUUUCUGGGCAAAUGCCAGCUUCCCGAAUCCCUCCCAUUACCCGCCUUACUUUGAUGUGGUUUUCACCGACUACCUGACAAAUAAAAUCCUCGGCGCUCUCAACAAAAUUGGGGCACCCUAUACGGAAAAUGACGUUACCUUUUACUUGCCGCCGAGUUAUACCAGCAGGGAGGUCCUUCCGGACUAUGCGGCAAGGCAUUGGACUCAGGAUAGGAAGCAUUGUCCCAUUAGAAAGCCGGUCGAUCGGUAUUGA